AUGGGCUCAACAUCACCGGAAGUUCGCAAAGCUCUUGAAAUUGCCCGCGAUAGCGCAGACGGUCAUAUCGAACCAAAGGCCAAUGAAGUCCUCGAAACAGCGAUUGCCGACUUAAGACGCAAACUUGAAGCUCAACCGGACAGUUAUGUGCUCUCAGGCGACGAGUUUGCUCUAUUCAAUUUCUACCGACGGUCCAAAUUCAACGACUCGCCAGUCGCCCAGAAAAUCGCUCAAAAAGCCACAGAACGCAUCUCCCCAGGGCUUCCAGCCGGCAUCGGCCAUGGUAUGGAUAUGCACAAACCGACAUUUCACCUGGCCGAUGAUGAGUCCAGUGUACGUCGUAAGGAUACCGAUUCCAAGGAUAACAAAGACUCCCCUGAGAAUGACCAGCAAAGGCUCGUUGCUUGGGACAAGGGAAUCAUCCUACGGGAGAAGCUCAAGCGUUGCAAGUGCUUUGGAAAGUAA